AUGCUCACCGACAGUCUGGUGGAGGAGUUCGAGAUCCGCGAGGAUGAGCCGUGGUACGACCAGCAGGACCUGCAGCAAGAUCUUCAUCUGGCUGCUGAACUGGGGAAGACCCUUUUGGACCGAAACACGGAAUUAGAAUCCUCUCUGCAACAGAUGUACUCCACCAACCAGGAGCAACUGCAGGAAAUAGAGUAUCUCACCAAGCAGGUGGACCUCCUCCGUCAAAUGAACGAUCAGCACGCCAAGGUCUACGAACAGCUGGACAUCACGGCUCGAGAUCUAGAAGAUGCCAAUCAAAAACUGAUUUCUGACAGCAGAGCCUCCCAGCAAAAGAUAGGAAGCCUCACGGAAACCAUUGAUAACCUCCAGACUCACAUUGAUGAACUGCAGAGGCAGGUGGAAGAGUUGAAGACCUCCGGGCAAAGCCAUGUAAAUUACGAAAGACCUGAGCAGCCGAAAUCGGUCCAGAGUUUUCCAUGCCUGAAAGAACUGUAUGAUCUCCGCAAAUAUUUCGUCUAUGACCAUAUAUUUGCCGAAAAGAUUAUAUCAAUGGAUAGUCAACUAAGUCCCGCCGAAGAGGAAAACCAGAAUUUGAAGAAGGCCGUAACUCUCUUACAAACUCAACUCAACUUGGAGAAGGAAAAAAGGUUUUCUAUGGAGGAAGAGUACAGUUUUCUGCUGAAGGAAAACACGGAUCUGGAGCAACGGCUGGUGGACAACCAUCUAUACCAGGCCAGAGUGGAGGAACUGGAGAUAGAAGUGGCUGAAAUGAAGCAGCUCUUUCAUUCUGGGAACCCUUGUCCGAACGGGAUGGAGCAACUGCCCCCGGAGUCUUUUUUCGUUUCUCUCAAAGACCCCUUAGAAAGAGAACUCAGCCAAGGUCCUUGGGACGGGAUGUCCUUCAUCCUUCCUGAACUUGAGAAACGGUCCCUCAAAAGAAGCAGCAGCGAGGGCUGGCUCAGCGGCGGCACGGCAGGCGAGGACCUCUUCAAAGGCCACGAAGAGACCUGCAUCAGGAGGGCGGAAGCCGUGAAGCAACGGGGUGUUUCCCUACUCAACGAGGUUGACGCCCAAUACAACGCUUUGAAGGUCAAGUACGAAGAGCUGCUGCAGAAGUGUCAAACGGACAAAGAACUGCUGGACCACAAGGCUGUGCAGACCUCAAAACAGCGUCCCAAGGAUGUCCAUGGUGGGAGAGUACCCCUGGAGGAGGGUCUUAGGGAGCCCGGUUCCCCGACUGCCGAUUCAGCCAACUUUUCUUCCAAUGCUUCCCCUGAAUAUAAACUUCUCUUCAAGGAAAUCUUUAAUCGCAUUGAGGAAACUAGAAAGGAAAUUGAUGAACAUCGGGCAAAAUAUAAGCCUUUCUCUUCUCAAUGUCCUUAAAAAGUAUGGGUACGAUGGUGGGGGUUGAAAAAUAUUUUUUUUUUCAUGAUGCAACCAACCCUUCUAAUAUUCCUUAGGGAAUGCAACUUGGCUCACGGUCGGCAGAUUUUCUGUAAAAUGGGUUGGAUCCAUUUGAUUCGGUCUACAGAGUCGGAAUCCGGUUGAUUCCAUCUCGCCCUGAACCAAGUUUCCCCCUGGAGGGCGAGUCCCUGGCAACCACUUUGCAAAUUAAUUUGAUUGCACAACUCUUAUUAACCGUCCUCGUUCUGUUGAAAAAGUUUGAUGCGUUGUAGAAACAAGAACCACAGAGAAGAUUGUUAUCAUAGAAUGACAGCUCUCCUGAGCUUAACCUGGGUUGGAAUAAACCAAAAUAUAGAUGAUUUUUGCUAGUGUGCCAUUGUCAUAUAUAUAUAACUGCAAGCAAGCCGUUAAAACAUGGUGCACUCUGAUGUUCCCUAAGCCAGGGAAUCUUGACAGAUCUGUUACUAUUUGAUAGGCUUGGGCUGCCGUUGUCUUAUUUUGAAAUCCAGCGUGGCCUCUCAUUUAAACGAGCAAAAAACUGAAUUCAAGGAUUGGAGAAAUGUAGGGGUGUGUAUAACUUGGCUAAUCAAACUCCUGGUGCCACUGCAUCAACCUUCUGCUUCAUUGGAAGACUGAAUAUUACAAAACAGCCUCCCUAUAAAAAGUAAACUGAUUAGCAUAGAGCAAAAUUAAAAGCAAGAGCCCCCAAUUUCACUUUAACUUAAAACCUUCCAACGUGUCUUCAAGGAUUUGAUUUUCUGAAAAUGGUCUACCCCACAAGUCAACUGGAGGCCAGAUUGAUAAGGCCCUGCAUCAGCUUAAGCCACGAAGUCACCUAUUAUCAUACCAGCAAUUAUGCUAGGUGUAGAAAGGGCCAAAUUAGGCUGUGAUAAUAUUUCACCCUUUUAAACCUCCUGCAGAAACUCGCGUCUAUUGCAAAGUCCAAUAACUCUUGAGUGUUUUAAAGCAAGCAUUUGCUAUUUUUUUGUUAGAAGAAACUCCCGGGAACGUCAGCUGAGCAUUUAAAGCUCCUUAAACCUUAGUUGAGUUUUUAAGAAAAAUUAGAGUACAAAGUUCAAUAGUUCUCUCAAAAUAUAUAGGAAUAGGUAAGCUGCGAACCAGCAUUACAAAAGGUGACUUGUUUUUCCCCAAACAAAAGGGAUCCGUUUCAUAUUGCAUUCCUAAUUGGAAAAAAAACUUGAGCUGCCUGAAAGAAAAAACAAACCCACAACUGCAGUUUUAAACUCUUGGCUGCUGUUACAAACGCAUCUGCCUUACCUACUGAGGGUGGCUUGUACGACUUUGAUUAAGAGGUUCCAGGUGGAAACUCACUCUGCCACAUGGUGUAUUUCCAUUUACCAGUUGUUUUGGUCUUGUCGGUGUUUAGCAAAGAGCAAAUAAAUCCUUUCUGCAAU